AUGGAACCCCAAAUUUACGCGACUUUGACACCGAUAAACGCACUCGCCAGAUUGGCCCUUAGUGAAACAUACGACGUCCUUACCGCCGGGCAGCAAAACUCCCUCCGCGAGGGUCCUCUAUGCCGCAUGAAGGUUGAACCGCAACAGCGGUACAACAAGGAUGUAUCUCAGUUAAGGCGAGAGUUGCAGAGAAGAUCAGACAAGGGCGAUGGCUUUACCAGCGACAGCCUAACCGAGCCCGAAUCUGCGAACGAGAUAGAAAACAACCAACAACUGGGUACAAUUUGGGAAGGACAGUAUCUUUUGGGCUUUAAUCCUCAGCCCAGGAUAGCGGAAGUCGGAUGGAGAGUGGGUAAGAGUAGCCAAGUGCUAAAUUCACAACAUCCAGACCUGGUUCUAUGCACGCCAGUGUUUGCGAAGAAGCACAGCCUCAAUAUCCGGACUGCACACGCACGAUUCAAUUUCUGUAAGGAGAACUCGGCGUUGUUUAUCGCGGGGAGGCGAUCUCAGCACGCCGAGCUCAAGAUCAAUGGCAUUAUUGUUACCGAGCAACUAUUUGCUCUAAACCAGCGCUCAAUGAAGGUCGACUUUGAUAGGCUCACGUACGAACUCCGAUUUACAGCAUGGGCCGAUACGGAGGAAUUCAAGUCCACGAGACGCAGGUACUUAACCACAGUUUUGGGGGUGCAGGCGAUUCUUGAUUUUGAAAUGCCGACUCCCCGCCACGAUGUGCAGAUGAUGGGAAAUUGGACUUUGGCUCAACCACUUGGCCGAGGCGGCAUUGGAAGAGUUUUCCUUGCCUCUAAUGCAAAGAAUGAAGUGGCUGCCGUCAAAAUUAUGGACAGAGAUUCUGAUACACAACACAGUGUAGAUGAAGAGAUCUCCACGCUCGAAAGACUAACAGCUCUUGCUCGAAAUUGGGGUGAAACUGGGUCUAUGGUACAGCUACGGGAAGUAGUCGGCAAAUUUUCCGAUGCUCCGUUUGAACAAGUCGCGGUUGUCUUGAUCCCCAUGACACCCAAUACUUUUUGGGAACUCCUAAUUGCGUGGAAUAAAACAAGAAGCUGGAACGGAAUGAAGAGGGAAGAGGCGCAACUGUUCCGCAGUCUUCUACUGCAAGUGAAGGUCUUGCACGACAGAGGCUGGCUGCACGGCGACCUAAAACCGGCAAAUGUCGGCAUAAUUGGGACGCCACAACGGGCCGUACUUUUGGACAUAGGCAACGCGAAACACUUGAGACCAGGCUGCCAUCUGAAUCCUACUCCGGGUUCUGGCGGUACUAUUGGAUACAUUGCCCCUGAAAGGGAGAUGGAGUCGUAUGACCGCUCCAUAGAUAUUUGGAGCUUGGGAGUCAUCGGCUAUGAGAUAACAUACGGUCAUCCGCCAUGGAAACAAACGCAGAAUCCAUGGCGCAGAGACCGCUGUAACAGCCUCCGUGAAGCUUUCCACAAACAAUACGACGACACCAUCACGAAAUUGGCAUCCGAUUCCAAGGUGGUACCAAUGGAAACGCACAUUCAGCUUGGCGAGCUUAUCACACAGAUGCUGAGGCAUUCUAGGGCUCGACAAAACAACCAUGCUCUCAACGGCAUUAAGUCCCCCCUUGCCCUGGCGGGCAUGGCUGGCCUCGAUAGCAGCCGCAAUAUGAACUUAACCAAGUGGGUCCUUGAAGUUGCGCUUCUGUGGUUCUCGGUAUGGAGCACUGGCGUGCCGGACCUGGGCUAUUGCAGCUUCAGUAGACCCAAGCCUUGA